GAUAGAUAAAUAAUAACAAAUUUUUAAAGAAAUAUGAAAGAUAAAGUGAUAAGAGCUAAGAAUAGAAAUAGGCAAAAAGGAAUUGUCAUAAAGCAUAAGAUUUAUGAAGCAAAAGAGGUGAAGUACAAUACGAAAAAUUCUUACCCAAAUCUGAAAAAGGGAGAAAAUUGUCUAAAUUAUAAAAAAGGCGAACUAAAGACUAGUCUGAAUGACGAGAUAACAAAGAUCGAUCACAAAAUAAGUCUUCUCCUAAAAGAAGCGUCUUCGAAGGAAAAAGAGAUCUAGAAGAAAAUGCAAGGCUAUGGGCAUACCCAAACUCCCACUUCAAAGAGAAGAGGUUAAAGAAAAACCGAAUUAUGAAUGUGAAAAUGACAGUUACGAGAAUGAGGAAGAGGUAGAAGCUCAUCACCAUCAGUAUAACUAUCUUGAGUCUAUUAUGGAGAUGCCAAGUUUCCAGGAAAGAGGAUCCUAUUCUUUAAUUCUUUCCAAAGCUCCAUCAGUAGAUUACUAUGAUGCUUAUAUUUUUGAAUUAAAAGAACUCUCCAGCUCUAAAGCUCUCAAAAAAGAGUGCCUUACAUAUUCACAAAGAACACAAGCAAGGCACUAAAGUACAAAAACCUUCAGCCUACCAAAAAGUCCAAAUCUGCUUCCAAUCUCCCUAAAGUCCAUCCUCCAAAGCCCCUCUCAUCCUUCCCAAAACCCCCUAAAAAGUAACUUUAUUCCUCUUU